CCGGUACUUGCCCUUCGGACUGACACGGCCUUUGUCACGCGGGGGGGAAUUGACCGUGGAAAAUGACGACUCCUCCGCCGCUGCAACCCUCGCCCGUGAUCCACCGACGGAGCACCUAUCAUCCCAGCAUCCUUUGCGUGUCCAAUAUGGAAGAACUGGAGGUGGAGGUUCGCGGCUCCAACGGGGCUUUUUACAAGGGCUUAGUCAGAGACAUCCACAAUGAUUCUCUCACCAUUGCCUUUGAGAACAAUUGGCAACCAGAACGCCAGGUGCCCUUCAGCGAUGUCCGGAUGCCACCUCCUGCUGACGCCAAGAAGGAGAUUAGAGAGGGUGAGGAAGUGGAGAUCCUUUCCAGGGCCAAUGAUGUGGAACCUUGUGGUUGGUGGCUUGCUAAAGUCUGCAUGACGAAAGGAGAUUUCUUUGUCAUCGAGUAUGCGGCCUGUGAUGCCGUCUACAACGAGAUUGUGACAUUUGAGCGCUUGCGCCCGGUCAACACCAACAAGGCAAUCACCAGUAAUUACUUUCACAAGUGCACCAUCGCCAUCCCGCAAGAUCUGCAAGAAGCGUGUCAGACCGAGAAUGCGCAUAAAGACUUUAAGAAAGCUGUGGGAGCCUGUCAAGUCUCCUACUGUGCCGAGACCAGCCAGUUGGUCAUUGUGUCCACCACCGAGUCAACGGUGAAGCGCGUGUCUUUGCUGAGUGACAUGCACCUGCGCAGCCUCCGAACCAAGCUGAUGCUCAUGUCCCGCAACCAGGAAGCCACAAAACACCUCGAGAACUCCCGGCACCUGGUGUCGUCUUUCCAGGAAGAGUUCACGGUGAGGCCCGAUUUGAUGGGGCUGGCCAUCGGCAGUCACGGCAGCAACAUUCAGCAAGCGCGGAAAGUGCCGGGGGUCACCGCCAUCGAUUUGGACGAGGAGACCGGUACCUUCAGAAUUUAUGGAGAGACGGCCGAAGCAGUGAAAAAGGCAAGGAACUACCUGGAGUUUCUGGAGGAUUCUGUCCAGGUACCAAGAAACCUUGUUGGCAAAGUCAUCGGUAAGAAUGGAAAAGUCAUUCAGGAGAUUGUGGACAAGUCCGGAGUGGUGCGGGUCAGGAUCGAAGGAGACAACGACAACAAGCAACCGCGACAAGAAGGAAUGGUCCCCUUUACCUUUGUCGGCACGAAGGAGAGCAUUGGGAAUGUCCAGGUCUUGCUGGAGUACCACAUCUCCUACCUCAAUGAGGUGGAACAACUUCGUCUGGAGCGCAUGCAGAUUGACGAACAGCUGCGGCAGCUCACGCAGGGCCACCGACCCGAGGAGAGGAGCGAGCGCGGGGGAGGAGGAGGAGCGGGAGGAGGGGGAGGAUAUAACGCAGACGGCGGCGCCAACGCCUCGUCGUCCUCGUCGCACGUCGGCCGCUCCUACAACAGUCGAGGUCGUGGGCGCAGAGGCCACGGCUACAGUACCGGAUACGGCACCAACUCGGAGCACUCCAAUGCAUCCGAGACCGACUCGGAGCGUCGGGAUGAAGUCGGCGACUGGUCGCAGGCUGCUGAGGAGCAAAUGAGGCGAAGGGAUAGAGGUCCACGUCCGCAGAGGGACGGUCGCAGGAGGCCCGGACCGGGCAGAGGACGGGGAGGGCGAGGAGGAAGAGGAGGCGCGGGCAGCAGCGGCGGCGGCCCUCGCGGUGACAACGCGGAGACCAACACCGAGACGGACCAGACCGCCGACACCGAUGCGAGCGAGUCCAACUUGGUGGCCCCUCGCGCUCAGCGGCGAUCUCGCCGACGCAGGACGGAUGAGGACGCCACCAUGAUGGAUGGCAUGAGCGAAUCGGACAACGCCUCUGUGAGCGAAAACGGAAUCGAUGACGCCGAAGCUCAGCCGCAGCGUCGUAACCGUAGUCGACGGCGUCGUAUUCGCCCGCCCGAAGAGCGGCAGCCAGUGACGGUGGCAGACUUCAUGUCCAGGGCCGACUCUCAGAGCAGACAGAUGCCGACCACCAAGGACGUCGCCGCGAACGAGGAGGAGGGUCAGGCGGAUGCCGCAGCAGAGCGCAGCCCGGAGGCUCCUCCCACAACCUCCAACGGUUCCGACAACGUUGCCAACCAAGAGCCAGCCGGGCCCUCGGCGGAGGGGGCCGCCAAAGUCUCGGACGAAGGCGAGCCGGACCCCAAAACUGUUGUCAACGGCCUCUCGUAGCCACACCCCCAAAACACUCUUUUCGAAUCUUGUUUGGCAUCGUUUGAAAUCUCACGCUUUUCUUUGAAUCUGUUUUUAACGCGGCAAGAAUUAUUAUGAAUUUUUUUUUUUUAACUUUGAAAUUUAAAACCGUGUGUAUUUUUUAGUGGUCUGUAUACUUACGCCACACCUUGACACUCUUGUUCUACUCCCCCACACCGUUUCUUUUUUUUUUUUUCUUUCAGUGGUUCUUCCUGUCUAAGCUGGCCAAAGAUAGUCUCUCACACACUACGAUUAUGUAAAUGUUCAUUUUCAGUCGCAAGAAUGACUGCGAAAGCAGUAUUUGGAAAAAAAAAAGUAGUCAGGGAAUGCAACUCCUACCCAUAUCGUUUUUUGCUAACAUCUUAGCAGGGUUUUUGUAAACGUCUGCCUCCGCCAGGAAAGGUUUUUCUGGAUAUUUUUGUGCAUCUGAAUUGGUUUGUACUUUCUACCGCCGUGCGUGAGCAAUACCACGGCGCAGGCAGAUUUGUUUUGAAGCCCCCCCCCCCCCGCCCCCCCGCCCGCGUACUUGACGUUGACGUGAUCAGCUGUCGUGCCUUGAGAAAUAGUUUGAACAUGUUGCCUGAAUCGCACAAUAUCUGAAAACUUGUCACACGUCUUUGCUGGUGCUUUGCCUGCCACAGUCGGACCAGAUGAGCCCCCCCCCUCCCCCACCCCCCAAAUGCUCUCUUGCCACUGUGAACUGACAAACGCAACCACUGAAGACCCCCGAGAAGUCAUUCGGAGACAUAUCUUUUCAAGUCGGGUAUGACUGUUCUUAAUGUUUAUGUGUUGAGUUUGGCAUAGCUGCUUUCUCUUUUUCAAUAUGCAACCACUUUGUUCAUGAGGAAAUGUUACAGCGUACCCGGAAAACAACAAACCCGUCGAGUCAUUUCCUUUGCACUGAAACAUUUUGCUGUCGAGAGUUAAUUGUAGUUGGAAAAAACUGCCUUGUGUGCUCAAACAGCGAUGUAGCCAAUUUCUUGAUUUUUGUUCGGCUGGAAACUCAUUGACCGUUUCCCCAAAAGGAAGGCUUAUUUAUUUUAAAUAUGUACAGUAUUUAACAAAAAACAAA